AUGGGACUGAACAGUACAUGGGACGACAGUAAGCGCGCAAAUGAUAAUGUGCCACCACUGAACGAGGACUUCGCCUACGGUACUAUGCCUGUUCGAGGAGUAAACUUGGGUGGUUGGCUCAGCAUUGAGCCCUUCAUUACACCUUCAUUUUUCUCCAAAUUUACAACUCACGACAAUGUUGUGGAUGAAUGGACGCUUUGCGAGAAGCUUGGGCCGACCACUGCCAAAAGCACUCUCGAGCAGCAUUACUCGUCGUGGGUGAAGGAAUCUACAUUCGCAGACAUUCAGGCAGCUGGAUUUGACCACGUCCGCAUCCCAUUCUCUUACUGGGCCGUGAUCACUUACGAUGGAGACCCAUAUGUUGGCAAUGUCUCGUGGCGGUACCUGCUCCGCGGUAUAGAAUGGGCGCGCAAAUAUGGCCUACGAAUCAAUCUGGACUUACAUGGAGCCCCAGGAUCGCAGAAUGGCUGGAACCAUUCAGGCCGUCAAGGCGAAAUUGGUUGGCUGAAUGGAACAGAUGGCACGCUAAAUGGCGACCGCACCAUUGCAAUUCACAAACAGCUUUCGGAGUUUUUCACCCGGCCGCGAUACAAGAAUAUCGUGACCAUGUAUGGUCUGGUCAAUGAGCCUCGCAUGGUCGAGCUCGAUCAGAGCACAGUCCUAGCAUGGACGAGUAAGGCUGUGGAAGCAGUACAAGCGAACAAUUUCACGGGCAUUGUCGUGUUUGGUGAUGGUUUCAUGGGCCUCGACAACUGGCAGGGCAAGCUGACGGGCCAAAAGAACCUACUCCUUGAUGUCCACCAGUAUGUCAUUUUCAACGUAGAACAGAUCGUUCUCAAUCACCACGACAAAAUUAACUUUGCCUGUGGAGGAUGGACUGCUCAAGCGCGACGAUCUCAGGACACAACAACAGGAUUCGGACCAACGCUUUGUGGUGAAUGGUCACAAGCCGACACCGACUGCGCGAAAUACCUAAAUAACGUUGGGGUUGGAUCGCGGUGGGAAGGCACACUGAACAUGGUGUCGACGCCUGGAGGGAGCAUUGACGGUAGUGUAUUGACACCGACUUGUCCAACGAAGAACAGUGCCCGAUGCUCCUGCGAUGGUGCAAAUGCCGACCCCUCAGGCUACUCCGAUGGGUACAAGCAAUGGCUGCUCAUGUUUGCCGAGGCGCAAAUGCACUCCUUCGAGCAAGGUUGGGGAUGGUUCUACUGGACGUGGCAGACAGAAAGUGCAGCACAGUGGAGUUAUAAGAGCGGGCUUGCCAAUGGCAUUAUGCCACAGAAGGCAUAUUCGAGAAGCUUCAAUUGCUCGAGCAAUAUUCCUGAUUUCAGCAACUUGCCCGAGUACUAUUAG